AUGUUCCAUGUAUCAACAAGAUCGGAAUUCCCAGAUGGCUUCACCCCUUCACUCAACAAAAUCCAACUAUGGGCUCACCUCAAGGGUGUCCCGUUUGAUCUCAUCUACACUGAAGGUCUGAGUCACAUUGCGGGUCAAAUUGGGGAUCCAAAGGAAACAGACGACUGGACCUUAAGCUUAACUAGCAUAAGUGUUGCCCAUGUCAAAGUUGAGAUAGACACUACCAUCCCUCUACCUAAGAUCGUGGAGGUGGGAAGAUCGGAUGGUACCUUUGUAAACGUUGAAAUUGAAUACCCUUGGGUUCCACCAAUUUGUGCCCAUUGUAAGGAGAUUGGUCAUAUCCAGAGAAACUGUCUCCUUCUUCCACCUCCUGCCCCGCCCUCUACUAAAGAACCCCCUGCCCAUACCAAAAAGCCUUCAUCUGCUGGCCUACCUGUCUGUUACUCUUGCAAGACAGCUGGCCAUCUCAUGAAAAACUGUCCCAAAGGCCCCAGGGGACCAAAUGACUGGAUCCCUGUAAACCACAGAAAAAAACCACGAGAAAAUACUCCCACCCAAACUCCAAAUUCAGAAAAUACUCCUCCAUCUGCCCCCUCCCCUCCUCCUCCUAACCUCACUACUACCACCACAAACCUUUCUCCUCCCUCUUCAGCUCAUACCCCUCCAAAAGACCCUCUCCCAAUCCAAGUCUCCCCGACUAAAGCCCCAUCCACCAUCAUGGAGAUUGACACUGACCCCCUCCCAUCUGAUAAUGAUGAGAUCAUAAUUAUUGAUGACACUGGUCCCUAUGUUUUGGGACUGGCAGCGGUUUUCAAAGAUCGCCCAAUUACCUUUGUCUCAACCAAAUUUGGCUCUCUACCUCCCUCGCCUUGUAUUACCUCUCUAAACCCCUUCGCCCCACUAUUAACCAACCCAUCUUCAUCUGACCAACCUUCCUCCUCGUCCAAAACCAGAGUUUCUUUCCCCCCUGAAACCUUGACUCCCCCAUUACCAAUAUCCUCUUCUCCAGUCCAAAUCAUCACCCCUCCUUCAACCACCAAACCUCUUGUUGUCCAAAACUCUUCUUCUUCAACUCCAGUUACCACUGUCUCUCCUUCUUCCAAGGAGGAACCCCAUCUUUAA